CUGAUCCCCCCCUCCGGUUUGCACUCUCAUCGAAACACAAAUCAACGAUAAUCUCUCACUCUCUUUACUCAUUCUUCUUAUUUGGAUAAGAUCUCUCUCUAUCUCUCUCUCCCUCAUUUUCAGCAGAUUCAAUCCAAACCCUAACCGCUUUGAUUCUGAUCGCAGAAUAUUAAUAUUCUCUUGAAAAAAACUAUAAAUAUUUUGACAAAAAACACUUUUUUACCAUCCCUUUUUACUUUUCUUACUCCACACCAUAAAUGUUAAGUUAUUCAUUCUGUCCUUUGCCCUUAACUACUGUCACCACCACCACCACUUCUACACUACAAACCCUUCUCUUACUUUCCUAACAAUACGUACUUAAAAAUACAUUACAAAUACCUACCAAGGCCCUAUAAAACGCAAGAGAAAGAGAGAGAAGUGAUUCUUGGUUUAGCUUUCUUGAUAUGGAUUUUUGUUGGAAGAGAGAGAUGGAAGGUAAACUAGCACAUGACUACUUGUCGUCCACAAAGCGCCACCAACACAGCAUGAUGACGUCACCGCACCGUGUCUGCGUUGUCACCGGACCGGUGAUCGUAGGGGCCGGACCGUCGGGGCUAGCGACGGCUGCUUGUCUAAAGGAGAAAAACAUAACUUCGGUAAUACUAGAGAGAUCAAACUGCAUAGCUUCACUAUGGCAGCUCAAGACUUACGACCGCCUCCAUCUCCACCUUCCUAAGCAGUUCUGUGAGCUUCCUCUCAUACCCUUUCCCGACCACUUCCCAACUUAUCCGACCAAACAGCAGUUCAUCGAGUAUCUCGAGGACUACGCCCGGAGGUUCGAUAUACGACCGGAGUUUGGUCAGACGGUUGAGUCCGCAGAGUUUGAUGAGAACCUAGGGAUGUGGCGCGUGGUGAGCGUGGGUGAAGAGGGCUCGACGGAGUAUGUUUGCCGGUGGUUGGUGGCUGCGACGGGGGAGAAUGCGGAACCGGUGGUCCCUAGGUUUGAGGGGAUGGAGAAGUUUAAGGCCACGGGGGUGGUUAAGCACACGAGUCAAUAUAAGACCGGUGGAGAUUUUGCCGGAAAAAAGGUUUUGGUCGUGGGAUGUGGAAACUCCGGCAUGGAGGUUUGUUUGGAUCUCUGCAACUUCGGUGCUCAGCCUUCUCUCGUUGUCAGAGACGCGGUUCACGUCCUACCACGAGAGAUGUUGGGUACUUCAACUUUUGGGCUGUCCAUGUUGUUACUCAAAUGGUUGCCCAUCCAACUCGUUGACAGUUUCCUCUUGGUUGUUUCCCGGUUCAUCCUCGGGGAUACCACCCUAUUAGGACUUAACCGACCCCGGAUAGGCCCAUUAGAGCUCAAAAAUCUCACCGGCAAAACUCCAGUUCUCGACGUUGGAACGCUUGCGAAGAUCAAAACUGGAGAUAUCAAGGUGUGUUCCGGGAUAAGAAGGUUAAAACAUUAUGAAGUUGAGUUCGAUAACGGGAGAAUGGAGAGAUUUGACGCCAUAAUAUUGGCAACUGGUUACAAAAGCAACGUACCCUCUUGGCUAAAGGAGAAUAAAAUGUUUAGUAAAAAAGAUGGAUUUCCAAUGCAAGAGUUUCCAGAGGGAUGGAGAGGGGAAUGUGGGCUAUAUGCGGUCGGAUUCACAAAACGUGGGAUCUUUGGAGCAUCAAUGGAUGCAAAGAGAAUAGCUCAAGACAUAUACGAGUCUUCAAGAAAAUCUGGUCAACCCCAUAGACAUAUACAAGUAUUCAUGGCAAGAAAAUCUGAUCAAGCAUGUAGUAGAGUACUAGACGGUUGAGAAAUGGAAGGUUUCUAUCAAGAAACAACAUGUUUGCAGCCGAGGUAGGGAUCAAAGAAAAAAGUUGAUGGUUUUUGGUUUCAAAGCAGAUUUGGGGAGUUAUGUAAAUUAAGACUUAUCUCCAGCUGCGAUGCAAAUUGGGGGAAGGAUAGAAUGAAAAGGAAACCUAGUGAGAGUGAUUGUGGUGAGAAUUGAUGAUCAUCUGCCCAAAGGAGAGGAGGGGACCCUCUCUCUUUGCAUGCUUAUAACCCACUUUGUAAAUCUUUCUAUACCUUCUUUCUAUGUUUCUAAUUUUUCUUUUUUUUUUCUUUAGUUUUCCUUAGUUAGGUAUGCGCUUUGUUUUUCUUACCUUUUUAGUUCAAUUUUUUUGGCUGAGUAUUGUGGUGAGUUUUUUUUUUCUUUUUGUUAUAUACAUAUCACUUGUUUGAUUAAAACUCUUGU